AUGCAAGAUUCAACACAAAUAAUUAAAGAAUAUAAAAUAGGUAAAAUGACGUGGGAUGGUAAAUUAGUAAAGGCAUGCAUAGAUAAAGGAAAACUUCAGUUUAUAAAAGAACUAAAUGAAAACACACAUAAAAUUAGGUGGUAUAAUAUAGAUAAAAAAGUUUACGAGGAUGAAGUAAAAAUAGAAAAAGAACUAAAAUUUGAUAUAAUUAAAGAAAGUAAGAGUAAUAAUGUUUUUGUAUUAAAGAAAAAUUGCCAACCAUUGAGUAUUUACUGGAUACAAGAUAGAAAAUUGGUUCUUGAUAGCCUUUUAAAUGAUUUAAAUAAUCAGAUAAAUUUAAUAUUAGAUGAUAAUAAUAACAUUCAGUCAAAUACCAAUGAUUUAAACAAAACUAUAAGAAGUAUUCUUGAACAGAUGAAUAGUAAUACAAAUAAAAGAAGAAUCUCAUUAUCAGAAAUAUUAACCAGCGAGAUUAUUAAUGAACUUAAACAAGAUCAGAAUCUAAUUGAGGAACUUAAAGAACAAAUGCCUUUAAAUCAAAGAAAUCUUCAAGAUAUUAACUCAGCAUUGAAUUGUCCUCAAGUUAAAUAUACUAUGAGAUUAUUAGAUGAAUCUAUAUAUUCUGAACAGAUCUUUACACUUUCGACUGCUCUUGGAUUAGAUAUUAAUUUUGAUUCUUUAAUUAAUAAAAAUCCAAUGAAAGUAUUUAUUAAUGCUUUAAAUGAAAAAUAUAACGAAGAAAAACAAUAG